AAUAAUGCACAUCUCUACUUCUGACUCACAAGAAACAAUACGAGUAGAGUUUUGCCACAAAACCGUAUAAUAUAUGUGUUUGUUUAAAUAAGAACACAGCGCUAAGCAUAUUUUCGCAAACAAUUGAAUGCAGCUUGUUGAAACCCAGAAAUACAAAUAAACGGAGUGGAAUAAAAAACCGCAAAAGACCCAGCCCCAGAGCAAAGGAAGUAUCAACAAAGAGAGGGUGAGAACAGGGGAGUAAGCCCAAGUGAGCGAGCGAGAGAGCGAAGAGAGGUCAGCAAACCCGCAAUUAAGAAAAAGUCGACACGUACAAAAAAGAGUGCAGGUCCGUUCCAACGAGAAAGCAGCACACGACUCCAACUCCAGCAUCAUGUCAUCCGGCGAUUUUGGCAAUCCGCUAAGGAAAUUCAAAUUGGUCUUUUUGGGGGAACAGAGUGUGGGCAAAACGUCGCUAAUUACACGCUUCAUGUAUGACAGCUUCGACAACACCUAUCAGGCGACUAUCGGUAUUGAUUUUCUCUCCAAAACGAUGUAUUUGGAGGAUCGCACAGUUCGCUUACAGUUGUGGGACACGGCGGGACAGGAAAGGUUCCGUUCGCUCAUUCCUUCAUAUAUUAGAGACUCCACGGUGGCUGUAGUAGUGUACGACAUAACCAAUACGAACUCAUUCCAUCAGACAUCUAAGUGGAUCGAUGAUGUGCGAACAGAGCGCGGCAGUGAUGUCAUUAUUAUGUUGGUAGGCAACAAAACGGAUCUCUCUGACAAGCGGCAGGUUUCCACCGAAGAGGGCGAACGCAAGGCGAAAGAACUUAAUGUGAUGUUUAUUGAGACGAGUGCCAAGGCCGGGUACAAUGUGAAACAGUUAUUUAGACGUGUGGCAGCAGCGUUGCCAGGCAUGGAUUCCACUGAGAAUAAACCCUCUGAGGAUAUGCAAGAAGUUGUUCUUAAGGACUCUCCCAAUGAGAGCAAGGAUCCUGAAGGUGGUUGCGCGUGCUAGAAGUAGGAUGAAACUCUUUUCUUCAGGUAUUCCCCCACUUCUUCUUAACCUCCGCUACAACCUCCACGAUGACGAAAAAAAAAUUAUGGUGAUGAUAUAGAUGAGCUGCAUUUUUUAACACACGCUGGCAACGGGUGUUUUGUAGGUGUAUGUUUAGGAUGACAUGAGAUCGGAAAAGAAUGCAACGGAUCCUUUAAAACUCACACACAUACACACAAUUAUAACUUUAAGUUUAUUUAUAAAGUAAAACAAAUGAUGAUAGCAAACAAAAAAAUAGACUAAACAAAUAACGAAAUCGGCUAACAAAUUUAAUAUGUUAAUUGAAAUAAUGCAAUAUUAAAAGAAACUAAUCUUAAACAAAACAAAAGAAAACAAGCAAGCAAGCGAAUAGAUAUGUAUGUAUAAAAGGGUUUACACGAGAUAAAUAUUUUGGAUUUUAAUUUAUUCUACACGAAAUUUCUAUAAAGAAUUCAAUAAAACAAAUGUGCAAAUGUUUGCAGGUAGGAAUUACGAAGAUAAUGUUUAAAGAUCUACGUGUAAACUAUAUAUUUAUGUAUAUCAGAUGCAGAAGUGUUGUGCGUUUUUCAAAUUUUUUUGUAUUGUUAGCCCAACAAUGAUCGAUGAUCACAUUCCACUUGCCAAGUCACUUAUACUAUAUUCGUCUCAUGCUUACCCCAAUCCACUUCCUUAUGGAUACCAUUCAGCCAGACGGUGUUCUUAAAGUCCCCGCCUAUCUGAACAACAAAAAAUAAAACAGAAUAGUUCCAUACUUAA